UUUUGAUGAAAUCUGGUGAGCUCGAUUAUACAUUUUUAAUUUGAGAUAUUAUUUCUAACUUCAGUUUAUUGCGUUUUAAGUUCGAUAAUUCGUAUUAUCACGUAGUUUAGAGAAUUACAAGAAAAUGUAUUUAAAACUAUUAUUGAGCAUAAAGAAUAUAGUUUUGAUCGAAAAACAAUAUUUCUAAUUCUUUUUGAGUUAUUCAAUUGAUAAUAACUUAUCAAUUUAAUAAUUGAUCAACUUAUUAUUAAAAUUUUUAAUACAUUUUCAUAAAGUAAACUAAAAUAUACUCAAAAAACUUGUCUAAUUUAAAAGUUUGAAAAUGUAUUACGUGUGAUAGAUUUUAAAUAAAUUUCUACUGAAAUUUUUAUAAGAUAUUUUGUAAAAUCCUUUCGGAAGUGUCACAUAAAAUGUAAGAUAUUAAAACCUUGCAAAAAACUGUCUGCAAUAAUCAAUGCUGAUAUACAUUUAUAUUAUGGUACAGAUUCAAUAUUUUAUAUAUUCUAUUAUCAUUAUAUGAAUAUACACUCUCUAAAUUUUUUCAAGUAAAAUUUUCACUCAAAUCAUAGAGCCACUAAUCAAUUCACUCCAUGUGGAGUAAACAUUCAUUUCAACAGAGUGAAUUUACUUACUCUAAGACAAAAACUGAAAAGUUUCACGCUUAUUUUUAAAGUGAAUUCGUUAGCGCUCUAAACUUCACUCCAACUUAAAAUAAAAUCGCUAAGAGAAAGAUGCAGGCUGAACUAGUAUCUUUCCGCGUGGGCCACGUGGCGCGUGUAACGCGUAUAACGGUUUGUUCGAGACAUCCGAAUUCGUGUUUGUAUGUGUUGUACAGUCGAAUGCAUCGAGUUGUCCGUGUACAUACAUGUUUGUCCUGUGUUAUCAGAAUAUAUUUUUGUAAUCGUUAAUAUGUUUCUAACCUUUUAUGGAUAAUGGGGAUUUGACAAACCAGUCAAAAACUGCUUGCGAUGUACUUCUGUUUACGUUCCAAAACGUCAUAUUUGAGAAAAAAUUUACUUGAUAUAUAUAUGUGUAUAUAGAAUAUGUGAAAUAUACUAUAUUAUUAUACUAAAUCUAUAUACUAAAAUAUAUAUACUAAAAUUUUUCUCGGAGAGUUUUGGAGGACGUUUUGAUAUAUAACGUUUUGAUAAUGAAAUAUAACUUUACAAGUAUACUCUCUAAAUUUCUUGGAAUGGAAUCUCAUUCUAAUAGAAUAUUAAAAUCCUCACUCCUUUAGAAUGAAAUGUGUCACUCUUUUUCAUUGAAGAAUAGAUCUAAUUGAUUAAUUUCAAAAAGUAAAAUUUCACUCCAUUACGAUUGACAGUAUUUACAUUAUUUCUUGGAGUGAAUUUUCAUUCUAAAAGAGUGAGAUUUCACUCCAAGAAAUUUAGAGAGAAUAUAUAAUGUUUCGUAUUUAUUAUUAUAUUUCGUAUAUAUGUGGAGAUUUCACUCGAUUUCGUAUUCUAGCUGUCUUCACUUAUACGGUAUCGGUAAGAUCAGUAAAGUUCGUAGAAAUCGGGAAUUUCCGGUCAUACUCAAAGAUACAUCGCCAUUGAGAUAAAAAUAUUUAAUUAUUUUAAUAGUAUGUUAACGUUUUAUUUAUUCCUUAGCAUAUUCUUUAUUUUAAUUUUAUAUAUACAUUAGAAUAUUUUUUGCAGUUAUAAUACUUAAAUAUUAAUAAGUAUUUUAUAUUAUAAGUAUCCAUUAUAAAAUAAUGUUACUUUUUUUUUAAUCAUGUACAUAAUAUUCUCUACGGUUUAGAUUACUCAGACCGUGGCUAAUAAACAAUUAGAUAUUCUCAUUAACGUCAAAAGGUAGACAACAAACAAAGAUCUUGAAACUAUUGCACGGAUUCACUAAAAAAGUUUGUCAAAGUAUUAGCUUCUUUAAUUAUUUCGUGAUUGCGUAUGAUUACAAGAAAAGGAGAUAAAUAUCUUGCUCUUUUCGUGAAAAGAAUAAGACAAUUCAUAAAUUUUUGAUAAAUACAUAUUCAGUAUUUAAGAUACAUACAAUGAAACCGAUGUUCAAUAUGUGUAGGCUAUUGAAAAAAGGAAAGAUUAUCAUAAACGCACAAAUAAUCAGUAUUUGAGAAAUCUUAACAAACAGGUAGUUAAUGCAGAAACUAUUGGAAGUACGUAAUAUAAUCCAAAGUUAUAAUUUUCUAAUUGUCUAAUAUUAAAAAUUAUUAUAUUGCAAUAAAAUUUAAAAGUUAUUAUAUUCAUAUUACGUCAUAAUCAUUCUCGUUAAUUAAACUAACUUAAUAUAAUUAUUUAAUGUUAAUGCAAUAUAAUUUAAAUUUUAAUUUUUGAUAAUAUUUAACAAAAGUAAAAUAAACAAAAACUAUACUAUAAAAUUAUUGCUUAUGUUCUUAUGUCAUUUAAUUUAGUUCAAAGAAGACGCCUAGUAAUGUUGGAUCUCUUAAUACAAGCAUCUCAAAAGGGUCUUUUAACUGAUAUUGAUAUUAGAGAGGAAGUUGAUACCUUUAUGUUUAAAGUAUGUACUUGCGGACCUUUACUUAUGCAUUAUAUAAAUGCAUCUCGAUGCAAACAGUAUGAUUACAGGGUCAUGAUACUAUAUCAUCGGGUAUAUGCUUUACUUUAUCAUUAUUGGCCGAGCACAAAGAUAUCCAGGUAUUCUUCACUAAUUAUUUCUUGGAAACGACGUGACUCACUAUGUGGAUCACGAAUAGACAUUUACGGAAGACGGCGUAAUCAUUGCACAGAAUCACAUUUAAUACCUGCCGGAAUAAUAAUGCAGAUGCAAAACAUCUUUAGAGUCCACAGAGAUCCUAAUUUUUGGCCAAAUCCAGAAGUAUUUGAUCCAGAUAGAUUUUUACCUGAGAAGAUCCGAAAUCGUCAUCCUUAUUCGUAUUUACCAUUCAGUGGUGGACCACGUAAUUGCAUGGGUCAACGAUUUGCUUUGUUGGAGAUGAAGGCGAUGAUAGUCCCUCUGAUUCACAAUUUCUAUUUUGAACCCGUCGAUUAUUUAAAGAAUCUGCGCAUUGGAGCUGAUCUAAUACUUGGCCCUUUUGAUUCACAUCAUAUAAAAUUUAUUCCAAUCACAACAAAAUCCAUAUAGGUAUUUGAAGAUAAUAAUUUAAAU